UAUUAGCUACCUCUUCGGUUCUUUUCUUCUCUCCCGCACGUUUUCUUCUCCAUCCACCGAAACCAGAACCUCUCUUUAACCGAAUCGAAUCAGAUCCCUAAAACGACUCUCACUAAUGGAAACCAAUUAAAACUUGCAAAAUCCAUAAUUACAACCCUUGUUGAUUUCUCUUCUCAAUCAAGCUGAAGGAGGGAAGAUGUCGUGCGAUCUGAUGUUGAAGUCGUCGUGCAGUGGAUGUGGAUCGACCUCGGACUUGUACGGAAGCAAUUGCAAGCACAUGACUCUGUGCUUGACCUGUGGAAAAACCAUGGCCGAGAACCGUGGCAAGUGCUACGACUGUGGCGCCACCGUCAAUCGCUUGAUUCGAGAAUACAAUGUUCGUGCAAGUUCUAGCAGCGACAAGAAUUACUUUAUUGGUAGAUUUGUGACUGGGUUGCCAAAUUUUUCUAAGAAGAAGACUGCUGAGAAUAAAUGGUCUCUCCAUAAAGAAGGGCUACAAGGACGCCAACUUACUGAUGCCUUGCGGGAGAAGUACAAGAAUAAACCAUGGCUAUUGGAGGAUGAAACAGGGCAAUCUCAGUACCAAGGUCAGCUUGAAGGUGCACAAUCUGCUACAUACUACCUACUAAUGAUGCAUGGGAAGGAGUUUGUUGCUAUUCCUGCUGGUUCUUGGUACAACUUUAACAAGGUUGCACAAUAUAAACAACUUACGCUGGAGGAAGCAGAAGAAAAGAUGAAGAACAGGAAAAAGACUGCAGAUGGAUAUGAAAGAUGGAUGAUGAAAGCUGCAAAUAAUGGAGCUGCUGCAUUUGGUGAAGUGGAGAGGAUUGAUGACAAGGAUAGUGUUGUGGGUGGUGGGAGAGGGCGUAGAAAAACAACUGGUGAUGAUGAGGAAGGUAAUGUUUCAGAUAGAGGGGAGGAGGUUGAAGAAGAAGAGGCAGCAAGGAAGAAUAGAUUGGGACUUAACAAGAGAAGUGGUGACGAUGAUGAGGAAGGUCCGAGGGGUGGUGAUCAUGAUUUGGAUGAUGAUGAUAUUGAGAAGGGUGAUGAUUGGGAGCAUGAAGAAAUUUUCACUGAUGAUGAUGAAGCCGUUGGUAAUAAUCCUGAGGAAAGGGAAGAAUUGGUCCCUGAAGUUCCUGCUCCUCCAGAAAUUAAGCAGGAUGAAGAUGACGAGGAUGAAGAUAAUGAAGAGGAGGGGGGACUGAGCAAAUCUGGAAAAGAGUUGAAGAAGCUGCUUGGGCGAGCUGGUGGGCUUAAUGAUUCAGAUGUUGAGGAUGAUGAUGACGACGAUGAUAUGGAAGAUGAGAUUGGCCUUUCUCCUGUGCUAGCUCCAAAGCAGAAGGAUGCACCCAAAGAGGAACCUUCUGAAAUCAGCCCUGUCAAAACGGUGCCUUCUGGAUCUGCUCGGGGAACCCCAUCAACCUCUAAGUCUGCAAAGGCGAAGAGAAAAUUAAAUGGCGAAGAUGCAAAAGCAUCUAAUGGUGCACCUUCAAAGAAGGUGAAGACAGAAAAUGAAUUAAAACCUUCUUUGAAAGAAGAAACGGUGCCUGCUUCUAAGAGUAGUGUGCCGUCAAAAGGCAUACCACCAUCAUCAUCAUCAUCGAAAAUUGUGUCAACAUCAUCUGCUGGGCCUGUCACCGAAGAAGAAAUCAGGGCUGUUUUAAUGCAAAAGACACCAGUGACGACGCAGGAUCUUGUUGCUAAUUUUAAGGCUAGACUAAGAUCCCCGGAGGACAAAAAAGCCUUUGCAGACAUCCUGAGGAAAAUUUCGAAGAUACAGAGGACGAAUGGGUCAAAGUCAAGCCAUGUUGUUUUGAGGGACAGGUGAUUGGAUCCCAGUACACCUGCUUUUCAUUGCAGCUGGUGUCCAACCUCGUUUUUUCGAAGAUACAAUAAAAAAUAUAGACUUUAGAGUUUGUUUUGUAUUACAUUUAAAACUAUAUAAUUUUAAAUAUGUUAAACUACAAUUUUGCUAAA